GAAAAAUCUUCAAAUAAAAACUACAAGCAAAAUAAUGAUACAAGCAAAACAACUUUAGGAACCUUUGUCAUUAUAAUUAGAAAGAAAUUUGUAAUUACCUUAAACGAAGGAAUUAAUAUGGUAAUUAACAAAUGAAUCACAAUAAAGGUAAUUGCUUGUAGCUAACGACUUUACCAUUUAAGAUUGUUUUCUCUUCCGACGACUCAUUAACACAUUCUAUCAAACCAGCAACGUUGAAUACUUUUUUUUUUAUCGGCUGUACAAGAGCAAACUUGAAAUAUUCGGUCAUCAAAAAUGCAAGUUUUCCAUCUCACAUUCUUGCUUCUACCCAUCUUGUCAACAACCAGCGUUCAUGCGAAAGAAAAAUUGUUACUUGCUGUACAAAUCCCAAAGACUGGAACUACAGAUCGAUUUUGUUUUUACACUGCCAUUACUACCUCUGUUGCUCAGAUAAACAAAGAUGACACGAUUCUGAAAAACUAUGAAAUAGAAACGGUCGUGCGAAAGCCAAUUCAUCCUGGGAAUGCGCUAGUGUAUUUCUAUCAAUUCAUUCGAGACAAGACUCGGUUUUUCCAUGGGAUGAUUGGACCUGCAUAUAGCGUAAAAGUGGAAGCUAUUGGCAAAGCGACAACAAUACACAACUUACCUACUGUGAGUUAUGCAGCCAACGACGAGUUCGGGCGCCUGGAAGAAGAUGAAAAAACGUUCCCCUACGUUCUUCGAACAUCCCCCGUUUUACGUUAUUUUACAGCUGGGAAGGAGAGGUUGAUGCGCCAUUUUAAAUGGAAGAGAGUCGCUGUGGUUUAUGACGAAACAUCACUGCUGAGUAUAAACACAGUAGAAGACCUAACGCGGAUAUUAUCGCGUGCAAAUGUCACAGUAGUAAAGCAACUAAGUUUUGACGCAGACCCCAAAUCCAUACUGAAAAUGUUUGAUGAACUGCAGGAUGUCGACGCACGAAUCAUUAUUGCUUUUGUUGGACAAUUUAGAAUACGAAGGGUGUUCUGCGAGGCCUACAAGAGAGGAAUGUACGGAUCAAAAUAUCAAUGGGUGUUAGGAUACGGUGUUCCUCGCAGAUCUUUCGAAGAAACGGACUAUCAUGAAUAUAAUUGUACUAAAGAAGAGGCUUUGGCUGCUGCUCAUAAUUAUAUUUCCUUUGAUCGUUCAUAUUUAUGGUCGAAGAAUGAAGUUACAACAUCUGGCUUGACACCAAUCGCGGGCUAUUUGCAAAUGAACAUGUUGACACCAGGGUGCAGUAAAUUUGGAACGUUAGCAUUCGAUGCAGUGUAUUUAAUGGCUGUUGGUUUGAACAAGACAUUGCCAUAUGAAGGUUUAAAUGCGACAGGAGUUGUGCCACAGUACACACGUGAACGAGCAGAAAAAUUAGUAAAAGCAAUGUUAAACGCAAACAUAACUGGCCUAUCAGGACCUAUUAGAUUUGAUAAAAAGACAGAAGAACGACUUUCUGAUAUUGUUGUCACGCAAUUCAAAGUGUUCGCCAAAAACACCAGGUACACAAAUGUGGAGGUUGCAAUUUAUAGCAUGCUCAAUGAUAACAUAACAUUCAACAAACAUCACUAUCUCUCUAUAGAAAACGUUACUUUUCAUAUAGACGGAACUCAUUUAUUUCAAGAUAACCUGGUCCCUAGAGAUGGCGUUAAGACGGUCAUGAUUACGGAGACUUAUGGUAUAUUGUUAACUUCAGUUUUGUGGUCGCUUGCCAUCAUUGGAAUUUUGAUGUCAAUGUUUUUCCUUUAUGUCAACAUACGAUAUCGUCAUGAAAAACUGAUCAAGAUGUCAUCCCCCAACAUCAACAAUGGAAUCAUCACUGGAUGCAUUGUCUGUUAUACUUCUGUUAUUGUGUAUGGUCUCGAUUCACAAUUCAUUAGCUUGAAUAAAGUUAAAUAUGCUUGCAAUGCCGUUAUUCUGUUGCUUUCCAUUGGCUUCACGCUAUCGUUUGGCUGUUUGUUCAGUAAGACGUGGAGAAUCUAUAAAAUCUUCACAGCUGUCAAAUCAAUGCAUCGAGUGAGAAUCCAAGACCAUCAUUUGUAUGGAACUAUCCUUGUUCUUUUGCUUGUCGAUGUUUCUCUCUUCAUCGUAUGGAUCACAGUUUCACCUUUUAAACUGGUUUACGAACAUCGAUCAACAGAGUCUUGCAGUCUUGAAAUGGAAGCAGGCAAUUUAUGUAGAUUCUUUAGAGUAUAUUUAGCUAGAUUCUUUUACGACAGCUUAAACAGAAGCUUUCAAAUAUGA